GGUUAUAGCUGUAUAGAUGGGUUUAUACUUAUUAGAUGAUUUGUGCUUUCGCAGACGCAGAUAAAUAAGGGAAUGGAAACAGAAUAUAGAUACAGAUUGUGGUCUCGUGUUUCUUGCAGUUCCUAGUCGUUGUGACUAUAACGGGCGCUCCGUGAGUCAGCCCAGCAGCCCGGACGUAUGGAGCACAGUCAGCACCGGCAGCCCGUUCGGUCCAGACCGACCAUGCGUUCAGCCGAGCUGCACUGACACUGACAGCGAUUCCGAGGACGACAGCGCGGCACCCGGCACUAAACGAUGACAGUCAUGGUCGUCGUUGUUAUACCCCUCCACCUUGCUGAAAGGAAGAGAUCUGUUUUACUCUAAAUAUAUAAUGCCCAAAUAACCAUAUUCUGUUUAACUUUAAAAUUUGUUUAAACUAAAUUCAGCGAAACAUAUUUUGACAUGACAAGAGAAUAAACACUAACGUGCAAGCCUCGCGGUAUUUGAGUGAAUUCCCGCGAGAGUUUGCGGAUUUCGGAGAGCGAAGAGGGCGAAAUGGAGAUAUGAGGUCUGAAAAGGAGCAGAGGACAGGAAGCAGGGAGAGAGGCAGCGUCGAGAUCCAGUUCAGGGACUGUCAGAGGGAGCAGGACAACGUCGCGGUGAACCCGAAGCACAAGGAGGAGAAAAAGGAGACCUUCAGCAAGGUUGUCAUACGCCGACUGCCACCCAGUUUAUCAAAAGACCAGCUCGAGGAGCAUCUGAGUCCUCUUCCAUCUUUUGACUAUUUUGAGUUCUUCCCCGCUGAUCAGAGCUUAUACCCACAUCUCUUUUCAAGAGCAUACAUCAACUUCAAAAACCCAGAGGAUAUCAUUAUUUUCAGAGAUCGCUUUGAUGGCUAUGUAUUCAUUGAUAAUAAAGGCCAAGAGUAUCCAGCUGUUGUAGAAUUUGCUCCAUUUCAGAAAGUUUCAAAGAAAAAGUUAAAGAAGAAAGAUGCUAAAGCAGGAACUAUUGAAGAAGACCCAGAAUACAGGCGAUUUCUGGAAAAUUACUCUUGUGAUGAGGAGAAAUCAAUGGCCAAUCCAGAAACACUAUUGGGAGAGAUUGAAGCUAAAACCCGAGAACUCAUAGCCAAAAGGACAACACCCUUGCUGGAAUACAUUAAAAACAAGAAAUUAGAGAAACAGAGAAUAAGAGAGGAGAAAAGAGAGGAGAGGCGAAGGAGGGAACUGGAAAAGAAGCGACAGAGGGAAGAGGAGAAGAGGAAGCGCAGAGAAGAGGAGAGACGAAAGCGGAAGGAGGCUGAAAAGCAGAAGAAGCUUUCUGAAAAGGAGAUAAAGAUCAAGCUUUUGAAGAAGUGUGAUCGAGACGAUGACAUGGACUCAGACAGACUGAAAGAUAAAGCAGACAGUGGAGAGAUAGAGAAGAACAGAUGGGAAAAGCCAGCAGGACACACUAAGUCAAAGGAUUCCAAGGAUAAUAGGAGUCAAAUUGAGAGUGACAAGGAGCAGCGGGAAGGUCACGGCCGUCGCCAGAGGGACAAAGAGCAUCGCGGCAGAGAUGAGGAGCGCAAACGACAGAGGCAUCACUACGAGUUUGACAAGUUUAUGCGACGCAAGGAGGAGACCAAAUGGGGUAAAGGCUACUGCCAGGACAGAGCCAAGAAAGACCAACAUCAUGGCUAUUCUUACUGCCCAGAGACUGGAGACAAACUGGGAAAAGAGGAACGAGAGGACAUGGGCAGCAGGAAAGAACGGAUUCGCAAUAAGUCUGUGUUAGUGCAUCAGGAGAAAAGGACUUCCCAGUCUGAGGGGCCAGACCAGAUAGGAGGGGCUCAGCCAGCAAAGGACCGACCAGCAAUGCAGCUGUACCAACCUGGUGCUAGAAACCGCAAGCGAAUGGGCUCUGGGAACAAGACGUUUGACUUCCCACCAAUCUCUCCCGAACACGGAGGAGAACACUGCUACAAGACGGUCAUUGGUGCAGGCUCAGAGAAGAGUGCUGACGAGUAAAAAAAAAAAAAACACGACAGGAAGAAGUCUAUUUUUAGAAGCAAGGGUCAUGCCAGAAUAGAAAGAACACUCGAGAUCAACCUUGUUUUCUGUCUUGUUUAGUCAAUGUGUGAGUAUAGUACAUUGAAUUCCCUACUUAAUAUUUUACACACAAAGUCAACAGUGUCAUAAAUUUAAAAUGAUCGGCUUCUGUAUGCUUAUCAAGGAUUCACACCACUUUAUUGAGAAAAA